UCUGUCUCUCUCUCUCUGUUUCCUCUCUCUCUGUCUCUCUCUCUCUGUUUCCUCUCUCUCUCUGUCUCUCUCUCUCUGUUUCCUCUCUCUGUCUCUCUCUCUCUCUGUUUCCUCUCUCUCUCUGUCUCUCUCUCUCUCCUUUCUUCCUCUUUCUCUCUUUCUCUCUCCUUUCUUUCUUUCUUUCUUUCUUUGUCUCUCUCUCUCUUUCUCUCUCUCUCUGUUUCCUCUCUCUGUCUUCCCCCUCUGACACUCAAACACAUACACACCCAACCUGCAGUACUGUACCUGUGAGUAGCGCAGUGUGUUUGGCCGAGCCAGAGGUGUUUUUCUUGUGAGGAGCAGGACAAGACAGGACAGAGGUGUUGAAGAGACCGCUGAUAGACUGACGGACUGCUCACAGGAAGUGAUGAGGAUGAACUGACUCUUUCUGGAAUGCUAAAGCUGGACUGUGAUGGAUGUUUCUGAGCGGUGUGUCCCCCUCUGUUAUCAGGACCAGUUGCUGAGCAGGAUGCCCUCUGAUCUCCAGGAGUGUCACCUGACCUCCAGCUGCGGCUCCUAUAUCAAGACCGAGCCCUCUUCCCCUUCCUCCUCAUUGGUUGACACCGUCAGCCACCACAGCCCCUCGGCCAAUAGCGACGCCAGCAGCGGCUACGUCAACGUAAACAACCUCAACGGACGCUCGCACGUCCUCGACUCCCAGCCCAUGUUCAACCCGGGCAUGCUGGGAGGGGGCGGAGCCUGUCUCCGGCGCUAUGACGACUGCGGAGUGGGCAUGGCGGAUGAUUCACCGAUCAAGUGCGAGUAUAUGUUGAAUGCGAUUCCGAAGAGGCUGUGUCUGGUGUGUGGGGACAUCGCAUCAGGUUACCACUAUGGGGUCGCCUCCUGUGAGGCCUGCAAAGCCUUCUUCAAAAGGACCAUACAAGGGAACAUAGAGUACAGCUGUCCGGCAACAAACGAGUGUGAGAUCACCAAGAGGAGACGCAAAUCCUGCCAGGCUUGUCGUUUCAUGAAGUGUCUCAAAGUAGGCAUGCUCAAAGAGGGUGUGCGUCUGGAUCGCGUGAGGGGCGGAAGACAGAAGUAUAAGAGGAGGAUGGGGGACACGGAGAACGGGGCCUAUCUCGGCCUGACACUCCCCCCUCCGGCCAAAAAGCCAUUGACAAAGAUCGUGUCUCACCUGCUGGUGGUUGAACCAGAGAAGAUCUAUGCCAUGCCAGACCCGACCAUGCCAGACGGAGACAUCAAGGCCCUGACCACUCUGUGUGACCUGGCUGACAGAGAACUGGUGGUCAUCAUCGGCUGGGCCAAACAUAUCCCAGGAUUCUCCAGCCUGUCUCUGGCAGACCAGAUGAGUCUACUGCAGAGCGCCUGGAUGGAGAUCCUGGUCCUGAGCAUUGUGUUCCGCUCGUUGGCCUGUGAGGAGGAGCUGGUGUAUGCUGAGGACUAUGUGGUGGAUGAGGAGCACGCUCGUCUAUCUGGCCUGCUGGACCUGCACGUUGCCAUUCUGCCUCUGGUCCGACGCUAUAAGAAGCUGAGCAUGGAGAAGGAGGAGUUUGUCACGCUCAAGGCCAUCGCCCUCGCUAACUCAGACUCCAUGCAUAUAGAGGAUGUAGAGGCUGUUCAGAGGCUCCAGGACUCUCUCCAUGAGGCAUUGCAGGACUUAGAAGGUGCCCACAUCACGGAGGACCCUCGGCGGACAGGAAAGCUGCUGAUGACCCUUCCCUUGCUCCGUCAGACCGCGGCCAAGGCUGUGCAGCACUUCUACAGCAUCAAGGUGCAGGGAAAAGUGCCCAUGCACAAACUCUUCCUGGAGAUGCUGGAGGCCAAGGCGUGAUGAUUGGACCGGGGGAUUGACGGACAGCUGCAUCACUCAAUGAGGAGGAUGGACAGCCUGUGAAUAGGUGGGGUAACACCAUGGAGACCUAUGACAGCGAUGGGAUGUCCCACGUCUAGAACUAAAGAAAAGAAGAAUAGAGCAGGAAAAUAGACCAACAGAUUUUAGGGGUGAAUAUAAAACGCUUUGAUGUAGGAUAUAGUCAUGUAUGUGAAGAUGCUGUGUACAGAACUGUGGGUCUUGUUAUAAUCAGAGACCCUUCGCUCUAGAUCACCGGUAGCUACUGGGAGUUAUCUUUCUCUUUUGUUUUAGAAUCUCAGUUGUAAAGAGGUUGUUGUUGUUUUUUACCUUGAAGCUGAAGUAUGACUAUUAGUAAUAUGUUGUGAUGAAUCUGAAUGGU